CCCUGAGAUGGAUGAAAUGCGGCUGGUUAACCCAUUAUGCCCUGAGAUGGUCCGGUUAACUUCUUACUGCCUGGACUUCUCAUUUACUGGGGGUUUGUAACAGGGAUAUGCAUCCAGAAUGUGCUUUAUUACAUGCUGUCACAGCUAAUUGUACCUGUGGUUGUAUUUAAUUAGGUUUGAUUAAAAUGAUUGAGGUUUAGGUCCAUUGUUUUUACUCGUUCUUUAUUUACCAUAAUCAUGUCACAUCCCAGCCAUUGCUUCAAUGAUUUCCGGAUACAAGAUUAGACCUGUAAUAAAAAUGCUUUUACAGGGGUCUGGUUCUCCUGAUGUGCUUGGCUUAAGUGUCGGCUUGCCCUGGGUUUGUCACAGUCCUGGACCUGUCACUGGCUGUACUCUAAUAAGUUGGUAUUUGUGUACUGCCUGGCUGUGGUGUUGUGUGGGGCUUCCAGCCCAUGUUUUCUCCUCUGCCUCAGCUGUUUGGUAGUCUCCCAUGGGAUUCAGAACCACCCAUGCCUGGAUACAUGAGGCAGGGAAAUGAGAAGUGGCUGAGCUACAUAACCUGCCGGCAAUUUAAAUAUUUGAAUUCUUGUUUUCACAUACGUCCCUUGGUUGCUUAUAAUGUCCAGGCUGAUUCUGCCUGUUGUCCUUGAUGUCUAAUGAUAGCCAUACAGCAGUAUCCGUUUUAAUAAGGACCCGGGCAGGGAGGGCGGUAGAAUGUUCCCUUUCAUAAGUCCCUCAGUGCAAGAUGUGAGAAAAUCACUGUGCUCAGGAAUAUAGAAAACCCACCUAGUGAGUAAUCCAUGUAUGCAGAUGAAGCAUGCACGCUGUCCCCUGAUGCAUUGCUGUGUGGAUGUGAGCGUGUGUGUGUGUGAUGCAGAGAAGUCAGCAUUCCUCCCUUGUAGCUGCUGUGCCUUCAGUCUUGCUUUGCAACCAUAGAUCCAUAGAUUUCUACAACACAUGCAGAUAUCGCUCAUCUCUUGCAUGUGUGUGGAUGCUGCUGAAUUAGCUCUGAGCCAAGGCGAAAGAAUGGAAUAAGACCUCUCCCGAUAGAAGGGUCCUUUCACGGUUAGUGUUCGAAGAAGGAUGUCAUUGACUGUCACUAUGGAAAAGGGAUGCCGUCGAUAAGGAAUAUUAAAUCAAGGAAUGUAUCCCAAGAAAUCUGAAGAAUCAAUCUACCGUCGAGGGGCCAGAAGAUGGAGGAAGCUCUACCGAGUGAAUGGGCAUCUGUUUCAAGCCAAACGCUUUAACAGAAAAGCCUACUGUGGCCAGUGCAGUGAAAGGAUAUGGGGCCUUGGGAGGCAGGGCUACAAGUGUAUCAACUGCAAACUGCUUGUCCAUAAACGCUGUCACAUACUCGUUCCACUGAUCUGCAAAAAGCAUAUGGAUUCGGUCAUGCCUUUCCAGGAGCCGAUCACAGGUGACGAAGGCGACACCCCCCCUGGAGAAACAGAUGGAAUUAAUAUUAUCUCAUCACCCCAAAAAACACGGAAGGAUGGCUCAGAUGACAUUACACCCAUCAUUGAUGGAUUGGAUGGAAUUAAAAUUUCACAGGGACUGGGUCUUCAGGACUUUGAUCUUAUCAGAGUGAUUGGAAGAGGAAGCUAUGCUAAAGUCCUUCUAGUGCGGUUAAAAAAGAAUGAUCAAGCGUAUGCCAUGAAGGUGGUGAAGAAGGAACUUGUGCAUGACGAAGAGGAUAUUGACUGGGUCCAAACUGAGAAGCAUGUGUUCGAGCAAGCUUCAAACAACCCCUUUCUAGUUGGUUUGCAUUCUUGCUUCCAGACGCCAAGCAGGUUGUUUUUGGUUAUAGAGUACGUAAAUGGAGGCGACCUCAUGUUUCAUAUGCAACGACAAAGAAAACUUCCUGAGGAACAUGCCAGGUUUUAUGCUGCUGAAAUCUGUUUUGCUCUGAAUUUUCUGCACGAACGGGGCAUCAUCUACAGAGACCUAAAGCUGGACAACGUCCUUCUCGAUGCAGAUGGCCACAUCAAGCUAACUGAUUAUGGCAUGUGUAAGGAGGGCCUAGGGCCAGGAGACACAACUAGCACUUUCUGUGGAACACCAAAUUACAUUGCACCUGAAAUCCUCAGAGGAGAAGAGUAUGGUUUCAGUGUGGACUGGUGGGCUCUCGGUGUCCUGAUGUUUGAAAUGAUGGCUGGAAGAUCUCCCUUUGAUAUCAUUACUGACAAUCCGGACAUGAACACGGAAGACUACCUUUUCCAAGUUAUCCUAGAAAAGCCAAUUCGGAUACCAAGGUUCCUGUCGGUGAAAGCUUCUCAUGUCUUAAAAGGAUUUUUAAAUAAGGAUCCCAAAGACAGACUUGGAUGCCAGCCUCAGACAGGAUUUACAGACAUUAAGUCACAUACCUUUUUCCGCAGCAUAGACUGGGAUAUGCUGGAGAAGAAGCAGGUUGUUCCUCCGUUCAAACCCCAGAUCACCGAUGAUUAUGGUUUGGAGAACUUUGACACUCAGUUUACCAGUGAGCCAGUGCAGCUUACUCCAGAUGAUGAAGACGUAAUAAAACGAAUAGACCAAUCGGAAUUUGAAGGCUUUGAAUAUAUUAACCCUUUGUUGAUCUCAACGGAAGAAACCGUAUGAAGGACUGCAGCGGAAAUGGACAAACAAUGUGAUUGAUCCCAAAAUUGUAUUCUUAACUACAGUAUAUGCAUGCGAGGCUGGAAAACUGAUGCCAGGUUCUUAGUAUGGGCCAGCACUACAGGAUUUGCUGCUGAAAAUCAUCUACAAUGGAGAUGUUCAUAAUGGACCUCUCCCUGGGUAGUAGCUGCUCUCUACAUCAAGAGAUGGUUCUCCGGCUGAACAAGGGAUUCACUUUUUGUGCCUGCCUCCUGAAGGGUCUACAGUGUAUGUAAAUUCCACCUGAGGGCGCCCGUGUGGAAGAACUGUUUAUUCAGGCAAUCAUGUAAGCAAGCCGCUUCCAUUAGUGCAUUAGAUGCCACAUGCUGCAGUCCUUGGAAACCGAUAAGAAAGAGAAAGUGAAGGAACUGGCAGAAUCUGGACUGGUGGCUUUCUCUAUUUGUAAAUCUGAGUAUUUAAAAGAGCUGUGUAUCUAUUGGUUACAUACAAAAUUUGCAUUGGCCGCAAACGUAAGCAAAGGAAUUACACUGGAAUUACUAAGAGUAGAUAUGGAAGAUUUGGAUUAAAACAUUUAAAAAAAGUAAAGGCAAUAAAAACCAAAACAAUUUGUUGGGAGGUGAAAAACAAAUUUGCACAUUUUGAAUGGCUUUCUAGAAAUUAACAAUGUAACGUGCCUAACUUUAGCUUGUAGUGUGUGACAUUUUGCUAAUUUGAUAAACUCAAUGCAGUAUUCCAUGCAGACAAAACCGCCCAGCCAUUGAUCCCAAUAACACAUCCCUUCGCCUUAACAGGUAGAAUGCAAUUCUUGUAUAUUCCCCAUCCUUGUCCUAGUCAAGCACACAUUUUGUAGACGUUCGCUUCGAUUUUGUUUUAUCGCUACUGGUGGGAAGGCAAGUCCCCAGUCCGUAGCAUAUCUGAUGUCUCAUGCGUUACACAGGAAAAGCCGGGAGUCACAGAGCUAAAGGUUAGGACAACAGAGACAGGCUAGUUCUUAGAUCUGCAUUUACUGAAAUGUAAACUCAAGUAAGCUAGAUGGGUGCAUUUUAUUUAUAUCAAAGUCUUAACCUACGAUACUAAAUAGACUGCUUCAUCUACAUUUGCUUGGGCUAUUACAUACUUUUAGCACCAUUUAUUUAUUUUUUUAAAUCAGAACUACAUUAAAUUACUUUUGAGGUUCUGCAAAGCGAUCAUAGAAAAAAAAUUCCCUUGCUGUUGCCCAUUUUUUUUUUCUUAUAGUUUAAAUCUUUAUUAAAAAUCAGUAAUAAGCACACAAAAGAAUCAUCAGUUGUAAUGGUAUAAAAUCUAAUGGUUAAUAGAUACUGAUGUUCUUUCCUAAACCUUAGUUUCAUACUCGCAUCAUGUUUGGACUGUAAAUCAAAGCAUGUUCUUUGUGGACUACAAAUAUAGAAGCCCCUGAGUUCUCGAUCAUUGCAAUUUAAGACCAGCUCACUUUAAUCUUUCUCCAAAUCAGUGUGGAUUUCCAACGAUUGGAGACAUUCUAAACUUGCUCACUCAAACUUUAACAAGCCACUAAGAUAUUUAAACAAGAAACAAGCCAAAUUUGCACAUCUUUGCGGUACUUUAAUGUCGAACAAGGAGUAAGCUGUGUGUCAGACCAAAUUAUACCGCAUCAGGGAUGGGAACAAGAGAUUUGGUCCUGUGUAACUUCAUGUUCUUGUUUUGUGAAGGAUAAAUAACGUAUAUUUGCUGAAAGUUUAACAUAAAAAAAGAAAAAAAAAAUACUUGAUUUUAUACAUUUAAUUUAAGGCAUUACAAAUGUUCCUGUGUUGCCAAAUAGUUUUGUUGCUCAUAUGCAAGUGUAUGAAAAAUGUUUUGUUCAUGAUGAAGGGGAAAUUUUUUAUAUAUAUAUAAAAAAGUACUUGUUUUAUAAAUUAAAUGAAGGCUGGAAUUGUGGUUCGGGAGGGGACUAAUAUAUGAAACAUAUUGCUCUGGUAAUUAUCUAGUUGUCUUAUUUGGAAUAGUAAAUUAACAUUAUAGCUAAUUUAAUGAUUGUAAAGCAGUAAAUAUGUUCUUGUAGUUUUGUAAAUUUAAAUGAGUUAAGACCUUACAAAGUUAAUUGUGCAGAAGAUGGUAUACUAAUCCAUUAAACAAUUUAAGAUCAUUUAUAUUCUUGCACAUUAAAAACUUUAUUGAAAAGUAAA